CCCGCGCGCCGGCGGCCGCCCGCCCCGGCUGCCGGCGUCCGCGCCCCGGUGGAGCGCGCGUGCGGGCGGCCGGCAGCAUGAGCAGCGGCGGCGACGUGGUGUGCGCCGGCUGGCUGAGGAAAUCGCCCCCCGAGAAGAAGUUGAGGCGCUACGCUUGGAAGAAACGUUGGUUUAUCCUGCGAAGUGGCCGAAUGAGUGGUGACCCAGAUGUUCUGGAAUACUACAAGAAUGAUCACUCCAAAAAGCCCCUACGGAUCAUCAACCUCAACUUCUGUGAGCAGGUGGAUGCAGGUCUCACCUUCAAUAAGAAAGAGCUGCAGGAUAGUUUUGUGUUUGACAUCAAGACCAGUGAGCGCACCUUUUACCUGGUGGCGGAGACGGAGGAGGAUAUGAAUAAGUGGGUGCAGAGUAUCUGCCAGAUCUGUGGCUUCAAUCAAGCUGAGGAGAGCACAGACUCCCUGAGAAACAUUCCCGCAGCCAGUCAUGGCCCGCGCUCUUCUCCAGCCGAGCUCAGCAGCUCCAGCCAGCACCUGCUCCGGGAACGGAAGUCCUCAGCCCCCUCGCACUCCAGCCAGCCCACGCUGUUCACGUUCGAGUCCCCCAUGUCAAACCACAUGCAGCCCGCUUUGUCCACCAGUGCACCUCAAGAGUAUCUCUACUUGCACCAGUGCCUCAGCCGGAGAACGGAAAAUGCAAGGAGCGCCAGCUUCUCUCAAGGCACCCGGCAGAAGAGCGACACGGCCGUGCAGAAACUCGCCCAGGGUAACGGACACUGUGUCAAUGGAGUCGGCGGCCACGUCCAUGGCUUCUACAGCCUCCCCAAGCCCAGCCGGCACAACACAGAAUUCAGAGACAGUGCUUACGACCUCCCUCGGAGCCUGGCCGCCCAUGGCCACACCGGCUCGGAGACAGACAACGAGGACGUGUACACCUUUAAGACACCCAACAACACCCUGUGCCGGGAGUUUGGGGACCUCCUCGUGGACAACAUGGAUGUUCCAACCACCCCACUCUCGGCCUACCAGACCCCCAGGACAUUCACGCUGGACAGGAACCACAACGCCAUGGCAGUGGCCACUCCUGGGGACUCGGCCAUCGCUCCCCCACCCCGGCCCCCAAAACCAAGCCAGGCGGAAACUCCUCCUCGAUGGGGCAGUCCUCAGCAGAGACCUCCAGUGAGCGAAAACAGCCGGUCUGUCGCCGCCACCAUCCCCAGACGCAACACCCUCCCUGCCAUGGACAACAGCAGACUCCACCGAGCUUCUUCCUGUGAGACCUACGAGUACCCCUCUCGUGGCGGGGACCGUGCGGGCCGGUCUGCAGAGUCCAUGAGUGAAGGAGUCAGUCCUUUCCUGCCAGGGAAAGCUAUCGUGGGCCGCUCGGACAGCGCCAGUUCCGAAGACAACUAUGUGCCCAUGAACCCGGGCUCCUCCACCCUGCUGGCCAUGGAGCGGGCUGGGGACAACCCCCAGAGCGUCUACAUCCCCAUGAGCCCCGGGCCCCAUCACGCCGACCCGCUGGCCUACCUGCCCAGCGCCCUUCCCCUGCACAGAGGCCCCAGCCGAGGAGGCGAGAUCCAGCCGCCCCCUGUCAACCGCAACCUCAAGCCUGACCGGAAAGCAAAGCCAACACCCCUUGACCUGAGAAACAACGCUGUCAUCGAUGAGCUCCCAUUCAAGUCUCCUGUCACCAAGUCUUGGUCCAGAGUCAACCACACCUUUAACUCGAGCUCUUCCCAGUACUGCCGCCCCAUCUCCACGCAGAGCAUUACCAGCACGGACUCGGGGGACAGCGAGGAGAACUACGUCCCCAUGCAAAACCCAGUGUCUGCGUCCCCGGUCCCCAGCGGCACCAGCAGCCCAGCCCCGAAGAAGAGCACGGGCAGCGUGGACUACCUGGCCCUGGACUUCCAGCCGGGCUCCCCGAGCCCUCACCGCAAGCCGUCCACGUCCUCGGUCACUUCCGACGAGAAGGUGGACUACGUGCAGGUGGAUAAGGAGAAGACCCAGGCCCUGCAGAACACCAUGCAGGAGUGGACGGACGUGCGGCAGUCCUCAGAGCCUUCCAAGGGCGCCAAGCUGUGAUGGGGGGCCACCCCACUUCCGCCCCCCUCCCCCCCCACCGCCUCGGCCUUCACGCACUUGACAUCAGGGACCCUGACCCUUGGAGGGGUGGGCCGGAUGGAGGCGCCCCCUCUGCCACUUGGGGCGGCGUGCCCCCCGUGACUUGUACCCAUCCUGCCAGUGCCUCCCCCACCUUCGCUAGGAGCUGCUGCCAAAAAGGGGCUGCCUUGCGCCCGAGAGAGGGAGCCCGUCUACCGCUUGGCCCCUGGGAGGGAGGGGCGAGGACUCUGAGCCGGACUCCACACGCCUCACCUCGGGCCACAGCCCCCCACCCCCUCCUUCCCCCUGGGCCGCCUCUCCAGUCCCACAGGACAGUCCAGGGAGCCGAGGCCCCAGGCAGUGGACGCGGACUUUGUCCUCUUUGGUGAGGGGCGGGGCGGGGCGGGCCACCGAAAGAGGAAGUGGUUACGAGUGAAGGUCCCACGUGGUCUUGAGGGACCAAAGGAUGCGAUUGCAGAUGCACUGGGGCAGCGGACACCUGCAGGGCCCCCUGCUACCAGGCCAAGGCUGGGGCCGGGCCACGGGGGCGGGCGGGUGAAGGACAGGACUGAGGGGCGCUAAGGGCUAAGGUGCAGGCUUGGCGUGACGAGGACUCUGUGGUCCGCGCCCCAGAACUGGUGCUACAAGCCCACUCUGGGAGGGUAGCCAGCCGGGGUGAGGGGU